AUUUCUGCAUUGAAACAUACAUUGUAUCCCACUAUUCACCAUAUUGUGCUAUCUUGCCAUGAGUGAUGACUCAUCACUGCCUAUGUGGCUAUUUAUAACAUCUUUAAUACCACAUCAGCACUGAUCAGCUGAUCAAAGGCAUUGUUAAUUGCAUCAGCAAUGCCAAAUCAUCAGCAGGUCUGUCACCACAGCUGGAAAUUUGAUAAAAUGAUUUGUCCCAAGUGUGAUGUUGGCAGUAGGGAAUCCGCGAGCUGGAAGGCUAGUCACAUCUGGACACACACUGACGACGACACAGCACGGUCAGAACGUGAUGCAGAUUUGAUAUAGCAGUCAAAGCCCAAGUGUGUAGCCAAUAAUUAUUGGUUUGACGGACUCAAAGUUAGAGUAUAAAGAAACAAGUCGAGACAGCUUUAUUACAAAGAUUGUAUAAUGAGAGGAGAUCUGCAGCUUAGUUUUAUGCCUCUGUUUGGGAGUGAUGACCACUUCAAGAUGGGUAGCCUCAGCAGCUCACUGUCUGGCCGGCCGGAAAGCCUAUAUCUGGAUGAGUCGAGGCCGGAGAGCCUGUAUCUUGAUGACAUGACCCAGCACGAGAUGGAGCAAAUCGGCGAGCAGAUGAUGAUGGAUAGAAAACCACGCAGGAGGAAGAAGAAAAGGGCCUCAGAUGUUGUGAUUAAGAAGUUUGAAGAUUUGUACGAGGCAACAGGAGAGGUCCUCGGACGUGGUGCCGUCUCCUCUGUACUCACCCACAGAAACCGAAUAAGUAACAAAGAGUAUGCAGUGAAAAUCAUCGAGAAAAAAGAAGGGCAUAGCCGCAAGAAGGUUUUCAAGGAAGUGGAGAUAUUCAAUCAUUGCCAGGGACAGGAACAUAUUCUAGACUUAGUUGAAUUCUUCGAAGAGGAAGACAGAUUCUGUUUGGUGUUUCCAAAGAUGGCCGGCGGGACUCUGCUGCACAAUAUCGAGUGCCGUGGUGCCUUGACUGAACAAGAGGCCAGUAUGGUGGUCAAGGGAUUGGCCACUGCUCUUAAUUUUCUCCAUGAGAAAGGUAUGGCCCACCGAGACUUAAAACCUGAAAAUAUUCUGUGUGAACGAAGGGAUAGCUUAAUUCCUAUAAAGAUCUGUGAUUUUGACCUGGGAAGUGGAAUUCGUCUCGGAAGUACAACAGCCACCCCCAUCACCACACCAGAGCUAGAUACACCAGUCGGAUCUGCUGAGUUCAUGGCCCCGGAAGUUGUUGACGCCUGGUUGGAUGAAUGGUCAUCAUAUGACAAGAAAUGUGAUAUGUGGAGCUUAGGAAUAAUUCUUUAUAUAAUGCUGAGUGGUUACCCUCCGUUCUAUGGUAAAUGUGGUGCUGACUGUGGCUGGGAUCAGGGAGGAACAUGUGAGAUGUGUCGCAGCAUGUUAUUUCAGAGAAUCCGAGAUGGCCGCUUAGAAUUUCCCAUCGAGGAAUGGCAGGACAUAUCGGAGGCUGCUAAAGAUCUGAUCUUUCAUCUUCUCCAGAGGGAUCCAAAUUUACGAUAUUCUGCUGCAGACGUGCUGCGGCAUCCAUGGGUGACAAGGGAUGCGGCUAAGACACCGCUGGCAACCCCUCGUGUUUUGAUGAGGAACAACAGCACAAAAGAUUUGGAAGCAUUUGCAAGUGAUGCUAUUGCCGUGAACCGUAUGGUUUUACAGCAUCUCACUAUAUCCGAGCCUAGGGGCAGCCUCAUGAGACGAUGUAGUCGCAAUGUAGGGAGCGAAGUCCCAAGGCUCCAAGAGGAUAUUGCAGAGUUUUUAAUUCCUGUGCCAACAAUGGGCUUAUCGCCACCUGGUGAAUCAAAACUGGCGAAACGCCGUGCGCAGAUGCACAUGCGCAACUGCCAGAGUGAUGAAAUGUCAUCAUCUCCACGAUUUAGCAUCACGUUGUCUGCCACACCGAUUAAAGGUGCCCAGUAGCUGAAAGGUAGUGGACUUUCAUUCUCAGUUUCACAAAACACCUGUUUGCUUGCAGCAUAACAUUCCUGUGAUGAGGCUUUUAAGAGAGACAUGGAAGGGUUUAUGAGACUUUUACUUCCCUGGUCCAACCUCUUUUCAAACCUCUUUUCAAAUAACAAACCUCAAGUUGUAAGGGUGUGCAAUGCAAUGUCUUCUCAUAUUGAGAGGAAAUCACCGCUUCCAGUUUUCAUAUUGUCUAGGAAUGGAUGAUUCCAGGCAUCUUCCAAAGAUAAGGACCAUCAUCAUCAUUACAAAACAUUUCAUUCCUCUACGAGGUGGGGCUGCUAGGGUCUUCAUCUGGUUACAUCAAGUGCACAGCUUGUGUUGAAAUAAGACGUGGUUGUCAAAAAUUGUUCUACAAAAUAUUUUGAAAAAUUGACUUUCAGUGUUUUGAUGGUGCAAUGAUCAUGCGUUGGAUACUCUAAACCAGGUAAUGUUCGUGAAGCCAAAAGUUUAUGCAUUUUCAUUUGGCGUAUACUGAACUCCGUGUUUAGCUACCAGCAUUGAGUGGAUAGUGCAUUUUUGUUAUUUCGUCAAGAUUCAUGAUUGUGUUUGCCUUCCGAAAUGGUUGUGAACCCUACCUGGUUUACAGUAUGGGAUCAAAUAGAAGUGGAAGUAUCUACGGUAAAGUACAAGUAUCUACCUCUGUUCCAAUUCAUUGUUUCUUCAUGUACCAUGAGACAUUGUUGAUAUUACUUCACAAUUAAGACAUAAAUGGGCUUAGGCCCUUUGCCAUAUUCUAUUCAUAAUCAAAUGGAUUUAUUUGGUGUCCUAUUCAGUUGUCCUAUCCACAUGUCAUGUGACUUCCUUGAUUUGAUGCAAAUUGAUAGCAAAUUGAAUAGGUUGGUUUAACAUUUCUGUUUGGGGUAAAUUUCCUGGAAUCAUUGAACAUCAUGUACCUCAUAUCUGAAACUCUAUAGAGGCUUUCAGUUUCAAUUCUAGAUCUCAUUGUCAUCAUUGAAAUUCCUUCAUAAAACAUUCUUUUUAUUCUAUUUUGAGUCAGUGAUCUCAACACUUCAGUUAUUUUCUGUUUCGUUUUUUGUCCUCCGAUUGAAAAUGUGCUGUUAUGAUUUAUUGAUGCCUUGAUGUGCUGACUAUUGAUAUUAGUCUCCAUUGAAAAAUGAUUUCUAGCCAACUGAGCAAAGAGCAAAGGCCAACACAUUUUGACAUACCCUUGGCUGAAUAACAUGUCCGGUAUGUUGUUUGUUAUCAAAUGGAUCUCGACAUUUGAAAACUUUGGCCUAAUACUAGGUUUAAGGUACAGCUGAUUCAGUUAUGGUUGAUAAUUAUGAUCUAAAGAGCAAAAUCCAUUUCAACUUGAUUUAAUUAGAAUAAUUUGGAUGGAUGAAAAACUAUGAAAAACCAAACAUGAUGGAAGUUUCUGACCAAGUACAAGGUUGUUUGUACAGCAAGAUUUUCCAUCUGGAGCUUUGUUUACUGUUGUAAUCCCCUGGCUAUUGUCUCGCCUACAUUGUUUACCUCUUCAUGGUAAUCUUAACCUAGUUCUGUUAAAAUCCUUUUGUUCAUUGACGACCUGGUUUUCUUGUCAAAUGUUAUUUUAGGUCAGCAUAUUAUUAGUCUUGUUUGGAUGUGUCCCAAGAUGGCUUCAGUCCAAUGUUGAUCACACCACUCCUUGGGUCAAAAUAAUGACCACAUUGAAACUUCCUUGCUGUACUUCCCAGACGUAAAGCACUUGUUCCAUUUUCGCUUUGAACAGUGUGAAUGCCACGUCUGCAAGAUGACGAAACUAUGUUAUCGUUUUAGACAAGAGACAAAACAAGUCCGUUAUCUAAACCCAUCUUGGACGGCACAUGAGAUCUAAAGAUAUUGCAUCAGCCAUCAGAAACAUAUCAUGGCACUUAGAGUCUCGAUGGUGUGGCGAUAUAUUACCACACUGCCAAAUAUUUUGAAUUGAUCCUUAAAAGUGAUUGUUGGUAGUUUUGUUUUUCAAAAAGCAUUGAAUUCCAUUUGUUUUUGACUUCAACUUCAGAAUUGAGGGUUAAUCUUGGCACCAGGAUACAAAGGCUGCCAACAGGUAUGAUGUUUAUACAGUUCGGCCCGUGAUGCACCAAGAACUGGCUUGUAAAAGGUCUUUGCAUGAGUUCAGAAGAACAUUAUUAUAAAUUAUUUGGCAUCUGUGGUACAUAUAUGUAUUAUUGUAUGUUUGAUGUAAUAUAGGCUAUUAGGCCUAGUUUGGUUGCAAGGGCAAUGUGUGAACUACCUCAGAAAUAAGGGUAUGUUUUUUCCUUCCUGACGAUGUUGAUGUAAAUAGACUAAAAACAUAAUAUUUAUGGGGGUGAUCAACUGAAUGUGAUGGGAAUAAAUGAUGUGACGUGACGUCAUGAUGGCAGAGAAACCUGUUGGGGACUUUGAUGGGUUGAGGCUCUAUAGGAUGAGGGAAGGUGAUAUAAGGGAGAUGGAGAGCUGGUGGAUCACCAGCAUCAAAGGAAACAUUCAACUGUAAAACAGUUAUUUCUUUGACAACUUAUGCUACGAUUAUUUCCUUAAGAAGCAACAUUCUGUCUGCAUGUUUAAAAUGACAUUCCAUCUUACGUUAAAGUGUUCAGAAAAACCUUUUUCUGGAAGAGAGAACCUCCACCUGUAAAUACCCUUGCUCAAUUCUCGACUGAAUACCAGUGUGUAAGCUUGUGUAUUGUGAACUUUUCAGGAAAGGCACUCUCUGAUCUAAACCUUUUCAGUAUUUUAGUAAAAAAAGCAUCAUGGUCAAAGUCGAACUUUGGCCAUUUGUCAGUCGAAAUGACUAAAUGUGGUUGGAAGUAAUAGUUUGAAACAUGUGACUGCAAGUCAUAUGAGUUAUGGAGAAUUGCCUAGAGUACUCCGGCCUAUCUGUGCCUUGGCAGUAUGCCCAGUAGGUGAUUGCCAAGGUUUACUGUCAGGUGCUGUGUCAGCUUCACCAAUUACCAUUAUAAAGCAAUCAAAACUCUUGGAUUAUCACGAGAUGCAUUUAUUUGCAAUCAAUAAUCUUUAUACCACUGUAUUUGAUAAAUUUUUAUUUGAAAAUUACACAUUUUUGUAGGCCAACUUGGCAGUUUUUCGCUAUAAAUAAUACAAUAGUUACUAAAAAUGCAUAUUCAAAAAAUUAGUUGGAAAAACUACCAGAUGCCUUGUGAUGAAAAGAGCAUCUGGCUGUUUUAACAGCCCUAUUUUGUAAAAUGGUGUUACUUAUUCUGACACAUUACGUAGUCAUGAAUUGUAGACUGCAUUCAUUCUCAUCCUCUCAUCCAUGUCAUUACAGUAUAUUGAAAUGGAAAUGUAUGUUUACUAUUUCCCAAUGAUAAUUUUAAAGUAUUAUUUGACAAAAAUUGGGAAAAGUUCUCGAAAGGCCAAGUUGUUUUGUCAAAAUUAAUUGUACAAGUUCAGUUUCAUGCUGUAAAGUGUUUUGAUCCCCAAUCCAGACCAAGAACAUUGGAAUGACAUGUACCUUAUUUGGUCCUGGUUGGGGGCAAGAAACACUGCUUUCCAGUGUUGUCAGAUUGCUCAAUGUUUCAUUGUUUGUAGAAUGUCCAUGUGCUAGUCAUCAGUUGUCAUGGGGACUGUUGUGUUAGUUUUAAUCCAUUCCCGUGAGGUAUCACUAAGAGAGAAGCUUGUUAGUGCAUCUUCGACGAGGCUCUGUCCAAUCAAUUGAUAUCAGUCAGCGCAAUCACAGUUCACACCAAUCAGGUUCACAGGUCCAGGUUUAAACCAGUAGUCCCAGUGUCACAAUUCGGUCAUCGGGUGUGGUGCCCUUGAGAAGUAGGUGAAAAUUUCAGAUGAAGGACCAUGCUUUCAACCAGAACUGAUUGACCUAGUUUUUCGUAAUCACUCAGUGAAGAUUCAGAAUUGUUGACAUGAUUGCUGUAUAAUGUAAGAAACUAAGGUUUGUUGUCAUACAUGGUUUAAGUCAGCCACUUUCAUUUUGUGUUCCCGUCUUGCUGAUGAUGUGGAGUAUGGCCCACCAUUUCAUUUAUUCUUGACGAUCAGGGAGUGUCACAGAAGUAUAUAUGUGUCCUAGCCAUGCGUAAACCCACCACAUGUUGUGCAAUGCAGCUUGACAUGCUGGCUGAUGAAGUAUGCUGACUUUCAACAUUGUAUGACUUAUUUCAUAUUUUAUUUAUUAUUCUAUGCCGCAUUAACCUCAUUGAAUCUCAUUAUGUUUGAAAUUUAGAUUGAGAUCCAUUCAUCAUGGUUCAAUUGUAAAUUUGUAAAUAAUAAUUCAGGUACAUUAGCAUAAUCACAUGAUGAAAGUUCAAAAGGGUGUCUGACACGGUGUCCCUAUUACUUUAGGGAUGGUCAAUGGAGUACCUGUAUUGAAAAAUAUUCACUGUAUGUGGAGACCCCUAUAAACAUUUUCCAUCGGACCCUCAUAAAUGAGUAUGUACAAAAUACUUAACUGAUUGCUUUGAAUGUCAGUAAACAAAAUGAGUUAUUUUCUCUUAAAACAGUAAUGAAGAGGGUUCGGAAAUUUAUAAUUGCAUUGGCUUUUGUCUUGUUUUGGGUGAGGGUAUUUGAAUAGUUCUGUUGUCAGACUCGUGUCCAUUGAAAAUUCAUGUGGCUCUUUUGUGAAAUGCAAUGGUUGAUUUAAUUCCACUGCUCAAAAUACAAUGCUCUAACUUUUUGAUCAAACCUACAAAGAAAAAGUACACUCUGUUUCUGUGAUUCAGAUGAAAACCAAUGUGUUUUGUUGUCAGCUUCAUUAACCAUGAAAUAGAUAGACAAUUAGGGGCGGAUGAUUUGGUAUUGCGUUCGUAUUUUUCAAUUUUUGUACUUUGAGUAUGAUUCUUUAUUAUCUUUUGUAUAGUUACGAUUCAGUAGUGUUUGAGAAAGUUGAGUCAAUUCAAAGCAGCGGGGUGCUAAGGAAGAAAUAAACAGUUUGUACAUUUGCUCAUUGAAAUGAAA